CGUCACAAAAUCAUUCGUUAGCCUCGUCACGGCACCACCGUUUCCUUGAACAAGUGGGCUAUCUUAUUUACUAUAAAUAAAGAAACGAGAUACAUCUCUUCUACAUUGCUCAGAUCUCUCUCCUAUCGUGCGCGAAAGAAAACUUCUGAAACUCUCUCAAGAUGCAGAUCUUUGUUAAGACUCUAACCGGAAAGACCAUCACUCUCGAGGUCGAGAGUUCAGACACCAUAGACAACGUUAAGGCUAAGAUCCAGGACAAGGAAGGAAUUCCUCCAGAUCAGCAGCGUCUGAUCUUCGCCGGAAAGCAGCUUGAGGAUGGCCGUACCCUCGCUGACUACAACAUCCAGAAGGAGUCCACCCUCCAUCUUGUGCUCCGCCUCCGUGGUGGUAUGCAGAUCUUCGUCAAGACUCUCACCGGCAAGACGAUUAUCCUCGAGGUUGAGAGCUCCGACACCAUUGACAACGUGAAGGCCAAGAUCCAGGACAAGGAAGGUAUCCCUCCGGAUCAGCAGCGUUUGAUCUUCGCCGGAAAGCAGCUUGAGGACGGCCGCACCCUUGCCGACUACAAUAUCCAGAAGGAGUCCACCCUCCAUCUUGUGCUCCGUCUCCGUGGUGGCAUGCAGAUCUUUGUUAAGACCCUCACCGGCAAGACUAUCACGCUGGAGGUGGAGAGCUCCGACACCAUUGAUAACGUGAAAGCAAAAAUCCAGGAUAAGGAGGGCAUACCACCAGACCAGCAGAGGCUUAUCUUUGCCGGCAAGCAGCUGGAGGAUGGACGCACCUUGGCGGAUUACAACAUCCAGAAGGAGUCAACACUGCAUCUGGUGCUUCGUCUGCGUGGUGGUAUGCAGAUUUUCGUGAAGACAUUGACUGGAAAGACCAUCACCCUUGAAGUGGAAAGCAGUGACACCAUUGAUAAUGUCAAGGCUAAGAUUCAGGAUAAGGAGGGUAUUCCACCUGACCAGCAGAGGUUGAUUUUUGCAGGGAAGCAGCUGGAAGAUGGAAGGACCCUGGCUGAUUACAACAUUCAGAAGGAGUCGACUCUUCACCUUGUCCUGCGUCUGCGUGGUGGUUUCUAAAUCCUUUCAGGAUGUCCUGGUGUUUUAUGGUUCUAAUUUAUGUUUUUUUAAGUAUUUCUAAAUGUUUUCAUGAACUGGUUAUAUGAGAGUUUCGAAUGUCUCUCAUCUUUUUAUUGUUGUGUGAAAAGGCCCUCUUAAGGUCUUGUUAAAUAAAUCUGUGUUUGUGUCCAACUGCUAUUGUUCCUGAAAUUCUAUUGUGGGAAACAACGAUUUGAUCUAAAA